AUGAUGGAGGCAGAGACUGACGCAUGGGAGGAGGUUGUUGCAUCGUUGCUGGACAGAUGCGAGGGAGCGACCCGUGAACACCGGCUUGCACGGUGGCACUUCGCUUGCGUGGCCUGGAUAGGAGCCGCGUUCAUAGGUAUGCUCCUUUGGGUUUUGCCCAUGUCCGGUCGUCGCACCUUGACGAGCAUCACCGUCGCGAUAUGCCUGGUGGGAAUCGGAGAAGGGUGGCGGCGAUAUGGUUUUGACAUUCCUUGGGGCAGGACGGUGGACUUACUCGGCAGUGAGCGGCCUCCUAGCCUGCAACCUAUCCCAAAUGGUCAUUCUGGGGAGAGCGAUGCCCGCCCUGUUUUGCUUCAGAAGACAGCACCUACCAAGUCAGCUGAUGACUCCUCGGUGAUACUGUUCCUAGCAUUGGGCUCGCUGGUGAAAUUCAAUGAAGGUCCACGAGUGUCUGCAGUGAAGAAUAGCUUCGGAGUUGUGACAGGGGUCUCCUCGGUGGAUGUGACCGUCACUCUUGCAGGUGGCGCCCGUGUGGAAAAAGUGCGGCCCGACGAUUUUGUGCUCACCUCGCUGGACGAAGUGCCCGGAGGGGAGGACGAGCGCAAUCGGCUGGAGGAGUUGAUGUUGAUUCACGUCCCCACUAGCAUGAAGCAGACCACCGAACAUUUAGCACCAGACCCGCCGCCACACUAUGCUCCUCUUACAGAAGGCACUCAAGCGCAACACCAAGCCAAGUCCAUCAAGGAAUUAUUGGUUCUGUGGCAUGGGAAAGCGAGCCUGCAGCCUACUUGGGCGAGGUCUUUCUGGGCCGAAGUGGGAAGGCGCGAACCAUUGGAACCGAGAGUCCGGACAUUGCUGCUCUCCCAUGGCUACUUGGGGAAAGGUGAGAAGUUGGAGGAAUUGUCAAUCGCCGGUGCGCUCGCCCACACCACGAGCGCCUUCCGCGACCAAGGCGAGGAUCCGUGGCCGGAAGAAGCAGGUUUGGACACUUGGGAUGCUGCGCUUCCACCAGAUCUGAAACGAGCUGGACCAGAAAUUUACACGUCGAUGAAAUCAGCUGGCGUACGUUGCGUUCGGGAUUGGAUCAACAGCAUGUUUUCGGUGGACCAGAGGCAGCAUCCCCAGUACGUGGAGCUGUUCAAUCUUGCGUCCUUAGUGGAUUUCAAAGUCAAGGACGCGGGCUCACCAGCUCAAGUACUCAGCAUGAUUGGGCAGUGCGAUACUUGCGAAAUCGCAUUGAGGAGAUUGGCUUCUUGGAUUCACGAGAAGAGGACGGGUGACAAGGAUGCGGCUCAAUCGAUGUUGGCAGUGAAGCCGUCCUCGUUCGCCAGUGACAUUGCGCCUUCCUGGCUGGUCACAGAAGCUUCAACAUACAGUCAGAGCGAGUACAAGCGCAAGGCAUGCCACCAAACCAUGAUUAUGAGUUGCUGCAGUGCUAUCUUGGGUGUGAUGCAGCAAGCUUUCCUUUGCGUCCACCUUCAUGCCCGCCCGUGGGUGCAUUUUCUGAACUUUUUGUACAGCAGCAAAUGGCACGGGUCUCAGAGGCACUUUGCGUCUGACAGCAGCGGGAAUGCCCCUCAUGCAGCUGAAGACGUUCUCCUCCGCCAGCUUUGGCGCAAGGCCAAGCUUGAGCGUGAGGGCCGCCGCCAGUAUCGCGCUGAUGCUGGGACAGGCGGCCGCAGUGCAGCCGCCGAACUUGUGAAGAAUGCUCGAUUUCAAGACGGUUAUUGUCGGAUUUUGAAGUCCCCGUCACAGGUGCCCUUGUGUGCUUCGCGAGUUGCAGAGCCCAACGACGACACGUUUGUCGACAUGUUGACGGCAUUGCCCCAAGUGGAAGCGGAUUUUUAUGCAAAGGAGGGUAAUUGCAUUGAUUGGACCGGUAAAUCACGCGUGAUCCAGAGCGAACUUGAGGAGCAGUAUGGCUUUGUAGGCCAUCAGUGGGUUCGCGUGCGUUCCAAGAAAGCCGCAUGGGUCCUGUGGUGGAGCGGCAUCCUAGCC